AGCGGACAUUGUGGGUGUCAAGAGGAUGGAGUUAAGUUUACUCUUGCGAGAAGUUGGUGGCGUGCCCUGUUAAUAAAAGGAUGCUGUGUAAAACGUGUAAAUCGCUCUGCCCUGAAUCCCCUGAUAUACCGCAGUAUAGACUAAACCUUGUGCAGGCCAAAUCCACACUUUCCUCUUCGCUUCCAUCGAUCCUCUUCUGCCCCUGCACCCUUGCAUCCUCAUUCCCCUUUGCAGAAUCCGAACAUCUAAUCAUGGGUCUGAAGCAAGUUCACUUUAUCGACUGGUUCCAGGCAAAGUUCCCGAUGGCCGUGAGGAGCGUCCUCAACCAAGAGGGCUCCCAGUUCGACUCGGUAUUUAUCGACGUCAAUGGCAUCCUACAUCCUGCCGUCCGAACCGCCAAAAAUGAAGCCAUGUUCGUCAAAAAGCUGUUCUCAAUCCUCGACAAACUGCUGACCCAGUUUAUUCCGAACAGGAUCUGCUAUCUCUCAGUCGAUGGGCCGGCCCCAGUUGCUAAAAUGCUCACUCAGAAAGCCCGACGUGCUUCAAAGGGCUCCAAAGGGAAAUCCGAGGGCAUGAGCACACUUCACAUCACCCCAGGAUGCCCUUUCAUGACCCGCUUGGAACAUUACCUGAGCUACUACUCUGUCCGCUAUCUACAGCACCGACGUCUACUCGGGAUUUCUCCUGAUCUCAAGUUCAUAAUUGACCAUUCAAACAAUCCUGGAGAAGGAGAGAGUAAAAUUAUUGAAAAUAUUGUGCAGCAGGCAGCGAGCAUACGCGGACGACCCUGUGCGAUCCUCAGCAUGGACUCGGACGCCGUACUACAGGCGAUUGCUCUCGGCAUGCCCAAUAUGUAUGUUAUUCGCAAGGAUUCGCCCUUCACGCCUGCGAUCGUCAUCUCAAUCGACCGAUUCAUGAAUGCACUCGAGAGGAUGUUUCCAAGCGAUUCGAACCAGAUCCGCCUGGAUUUCUGCGCCCUGUGCCUGUUCCGGGGAAAUGACUAUCUCCCUGGACUGUUUGUGGGUCUGGAUCGGCUGUGGGAUGUGUACUUGUACACAAAACUCGUUGAUCCGGUGAUUCGACAAAGAGGAGCGCUGCGAUUUCUGGUCAGCGCAGAGAGCAAAACCUUCGACUUGUUUUUCUUAAAACAACUGAUACUCAACUCGUACAUGAAUCCUAAAGAUCUGAGGGCCAAGGUGUCGGAUAUCGGACGGCAGCAACCGAUACAGCAACUUCAGCGACAACUAAAGCAAAUGGGACUACAAAGUUUAAACAGUCUGGACCAACAGAAAGAAGUACGCCAGCAAAAGCAGCAAAAUAUCUCGACUCUCAGUCCUACCAUCAAAGAACCGCGACGCUCAGUUUCAGAAUAUGAAGAUGAAAGCGACAUGGAGUCAUUGGAUGAGGAGGAUGACAAUUUUUCCGUCGACGAGGAAAGGGACGGCGGGAGCGAUUCUUCAGAAGAUUCCAGCACGGAUAGCGAGGAGACUUCUGAGAAGGAGGGCGAUCCGAGGCACUACUCUGUCAAGCAGUUUUUGGACGGAGUUCUGUGGAACCUCGAGAUGUAUUGCACAGGAAAAUGCCCCGAUGUUUCGUUCUGCUACAAUUACCGGCAAGGUCCACCGCGAAGGGCCCUAGUAGAUUAUGUGAAUACUAUUGCCAGCAUCAGCCAUCAUUCCAAUCUGCAUCCCAGAACCACCAAGGACAUUGUGAGUAUAGCAAGGAGCGACAAGAAAUAUGUACAUCCGCUUGUCUGCGCUUUAAUCCUACUUCCUCCAAACAUUAGUGCGCAGUACCUACCCCAAGCCAUUGCAGCCGUGCAGACACAGAUCGUCCCGCCCGGCUCAUCCAGUUACCUAACGCAGGAAGAGUUGGAGAUAAUCGACCUCAAAGUCCAGACACUUAUUGACAUUCUUGGAUCGUCGGACAAGGCUCACGACGCCGCGAUUGCCAAGGAUCUCUCAGUCUUGUAUACAACACGCUCGCCUUACAUUUGGACCCGAGUUCGCUGCGUGAACCCUCGUGCCAGACUCACGCUAAUGCCGCAAAACCCCAAUGUGAUUAUCGAUGAAGCGAACGCUAAGGCUCGACUUUUUCUUUGACAUAAAUAUAGGAUAAAGAGAGUGAAGGCAUGUAUGCAUGUAUGGGAUAAGAUAAUGGAAAUGAAGGAUGCGGAACAAAAACCAAGCACAAAGAAAAAGGAAGAAAAAGAAAUGAACAAUGCAGA